CACUUUUGCCGGUCCCAAGCCCGGAUAAAGGAGGAGGGUUGGAAUUGUGACAUAAACAAAUAAAUAAUAAUUGACAGAAGAAAGUUCAUUUGUAGUUCUAAACAUAUUUAGGGUGUUAACUCACUUUUUGUCUCUCCCGCGAUUUUAUUUCUCUCCUACAGCGUCCAUCACAAUUACAUGCACAUGGCCAAUUAGGUGAUGACGUCAUUUAGCGACUUUUAGGACAGCCAAUAGCUACUUUCCUUACUGAGGAGUUGGCAACACUGUAGCCUACACAGCAGAGAAAAUAAACCAUCCAGUGGAGGCUGCUGAGAGGACAGCAUAUAAUAAUGCCUGGAAUGAAAUGAAUGGCAUAAAACACAGAGAUACCAUUACACAUAUUCUGCUCCUGCCAUUACCAAGAGCCUGUCCUCCCCAAUUAAGGUGCCACCAACCUCCUGUGAAAACAUAAGGAAGCGCCUCGCAUUGCAAUUUCUUCGACCACAUUAGGCUACACGACAGAUUGGUCUGGAUUAACAGUAGCCUACCAACGGCCAAAAAUAUGAACCAGUUCUGCCUGUGCCAGAUACUAACCUUACUCCCACACACACACACAGAGAGAUGGCUGACACAAACCAUUUAUGAGCUCUGACCUCAGGGGGGCGCUCUGACCUCAGGCGCCAGUUGCUGGUGUCUGCUUCAACAUCUUGUCAAUACAAGAGACAACCCAGACCGGCAUGGCACUCAACGAGCAUGCGCAUGCAUACACACACACACACACAAACCCCUGUUUCAGGCGGGAGUUCCAAGGACAAAGAACACUACUGAGAACCAAUGGAACAUUGAUAUUAGCCUGAAGGGGACCGCCCUCCACUCACAGCGACCAGUCAGGAGAGCAGAACUACUAGAAUCUACCUACGUCAUUUCACUGUAUAAAAUGUAUUGCACAAUAUGAGUCGGGGCUCCUCCUGCUAGCUCCCUCUGAGCUAAAUGGACGAGCCCGUGCACGUGUUGUCAGAUAUCUUUGCAACUUAUUAAACUGCCUUAAAUAUCAUACCUUAUCCACCUGGUCUAGCGUCUCAACUUGGUCUCUCUCUUCUAGUAAAUAUCAUCAAUCUUUAACAAUAGUGGAAAUCAGCCCUUAUUUUCAUGCAUACAGAAUUACACUAGACCUUGGAAAAGUUAGUAUUUUCCUAUUUAUGAAGUGACAGCUGGAUAGUUUUUACCACAAGCUAUGCAAAUUGUGUGUCUAAUGCUUUGAUACAACAAGACUACACAACGUAGCCAGAGGACAAAUCGGGUUGCUCAUGUUUUUCCCCACCUAUUAACAGGCAUGUUCAUUGCUGAGGAGAUACACUGUGAGAUGGAAUAUAUUAGUGAGUGUCAUUCACCAUGGCAAGCUACUGUACUACUAGGGCAUUUCCUCAGCAGCUGAGCAGAGGAUGAACCUGAGGAAAGGCAGCAAGGUGGCAGGGGACUGUGACAGCCUCCAGAUGGAGAGCAAGGCACCUGAGCAGACACAUAACAUGGGGCAGAAGAAUGGAGAGAUCAUGGAAUCUGAAGAGGUGGAGAAUGGCAAGCCUGAACCCAUAGUCCCUGUGGCCAUGGAUGGGCCCAUCACUGCACCUGAUGGGGGUUGGGGCUGGGUGGUGUUGGUGUCCACCAUCCUGGUGCUAGCCCUGACUCUGGCCUUCCCCUCCUGCAUAGGCAUUUUCUACACGGACCUACAGACAGAGUUCCAGGCCAGCAACCAAGAGACUUCCUGGGUGCCUUCUAUAAUGACAUCAGUGCUUCAUGCUGGAGGUCCAUUCUGCAGUGUAAUGGUGGAGAGGUUUGGUUGCCGGACGACGGUGAUGGUGGGUGGGGUCCUGAGUGGUCUUGGAAUGGCGGCCAGCUCAUUUACCCACACCAUCACUGAGCUCUACGUCACAGCUGGGGUUAUUACAGGACUUGGAUUCUGCUUCAGCUUCCAGCCCGCAGUGACUAUUCUCGGGCACUAUUUUGUGCGGCGGCGGGCUUUUGCCAACGCAAUGUCGUCCACGGGCACUGCCCUGGGCCUGUGCACCCUGCCCCUCCUGGGAAACUACCUCCACACUGAGCUGGGCUGGCGGGGGAGCUUUCUGGUUCUGGGGGCCGUCCUGCUCAACUGCUGUGUGUGUGGAGCUGUGAUGAGGCCCCUGAUGAACCACGGGCCUCUUCAGCCGGAGGAGGAGAAGCCAAAGGGGAGGAUGAGGGCCUUGUGGGCCGUUCUGAAGGCCGCCUUUCACCAUCACAUGGCCUUUGACCUCUUAUGUAACAACCUGCGUUACCGCAUGUACGCUGUGGGCAUAACUUGGAUGAUGCUUGGCUUCAUGGUGCCUCUGAUCUACCUUGUGCCCUACGCCACGGCCCACGACAUGGAGCAGAGCCGGGCCGCCCUCCUCCUCUCCAUCCUGGGUAUCGUCAACAUCGUGGUGCGGCCGCCCAUUGGCCUGCUCUUCAGUCUGCCCUGGUUCAAGGGGCGCCACAUCUACGUGUUCUCUGCUGCUCUGCUGAUGAACGGGCUGAGUAAUAGUAUCUGCUGUAUCGAUGCCAGCUUCCCCGUGCUGCUGGUGUACGUGGUGACCUACGGCCUGUCCAUGAGCGUGGUGGGCUCGCUGAUGUUCACCGUCCUCAUGGAUACGUUGGAUAUGAGUCACUUCCCCGCUGCCCUGGGCCUGCUCGCCAUCAUGGAGAGUGUCACGCUACUGAUCGGGCCCCCGCUCGCAGGAAUCCUGGUGGACAGAACUGGGGAGUAUUUUUACGUCUUCUUCGCCUGCAGUGGGACUGUUGCCUCAUCAGCUGUAUUCCUCAUGGUGUCUUUCUACUGGCUGGACAGAAAGGUGCUAAAGGGGCAGCAGGUCUCCCCACCAAAGCCUGCCAGUGUUAACAAUGUGGUCCCCCAGUGCCAGUACAGCAGUGUGCCCACCAAGGGGGACAAAGACAAGGCCUCAGACUCUGAGACUGGGGAUGUCAACUGCCUGUGAAAAGCGUCAUUGUCCAAACUCACAGAUGUAUAUUUCCUAUGGUUUUGUGAUUGUACACCCUGUGCUGCUGAUCUUACAGUACAAGCGUAUGAUAAUUGAUAUGAUAUCCCAAUCUGUUAGGAUCUGACACUCCAAUCAUAGUAUACACACUCUUGCCUCUUGACUGUUAAGAGUAUUGGUAAGUGCAAAUGGGUUGAGUAUUUCAUCCAAUGUGUUCAUGCUAGGAGUGGAUUAUUCAUUGCUAUUACAGUCGGCACUAUUUAUGCAGACUAAUACUGUUAUUGUUGAUCGAACACAGUACUUUUUCACACAUUCCAUAAACCUGUGCCUUUCCCCCUCAUACCCUGUUACACAUUCAUCAAUGUCAUGUUGUUCAAGAAGACAUACCUUAGGAAUCCUUCGCCACCCUUCAACAAGCAAGAUUGUGCAAAAAAACAGAUGUGCCUUGUACAUGCAAUCAAUCAAAAUAAACAUUUAAUAUCU